CCGGCCCUUCCCAAACUGCGGGAGCGCACCGCCCCCAGCCCCGCCGGGCACAGCGCCGGGCACCGCGCCGGGCAGCACCGGACAGCGCCGGGCAGGCUCCCCUCUCAGUGACAGCCACCACCACCAGGCACCCCAGCGGAGAGAUGAACCCCACCGUAGGCAUCGCUGUCAUCCUGACAGUCCUGCAGGUCGCCCACUGCCAGAUGAUCAAGGACCUGAGCGCCUGCCUGCUGGGCCAGAGCCUGCGUGUGGACUGCCGCUAUGAGAACAAAACCAGCAACCCCCUGACCUACGAGUUCAGCAUCACCAAGGACAACAGGAAGCACGUCAUCCACAGCACCAUCAGCGUCUCUGAGAACAUCUACCGCAGCCGAGCCAACGUCACCAUGCACAAGAACCUGGUCUGCCUCUACCUGCAGAGCUUCACCAACAGCGAUGAGGGAGUCUACACCUGCGAGCUGAAGGCCACCAACGACUACACGGGCAACCAGAUAAAGAACAUCACUGUCAUCAAAGACAAACUGGAGAAAUGUGCCGGCUUCAGCCUCUUGAUCCAGAACACCUCCUGGCUGCUGCUGCUUCUCCUCUCCCUGCCUCUCCUGCAAGCCGUGGACUUCGUGUCCCUGUGAAAAGGCAAAGCCCCCUCACAGCCACAGCCACACAGAGACACAGCCACACACACACAGCACACCCGCACGUACGCGCACACCGAGCACCCCAGCCAAGCCGCCGCCCCCCGCCGGAACGCAGCGCUCGGGAAGAGAAGCUGAAGCCUCUGGAGGAAGCGCCACCUCUCCGUGCUCUCUCUAUAUAGCCGUGUAUCUAACGCUAACCACCGUCCUGUGCCCAGCCCCCGCUCACA